GAUUGCUCACUUUACAUGACUUCAUCCCACACCACUUUCACGAAGACAAUCCGUGGUACCCCAUUCAUUGAAGCAUCUCCAUCGCCAUUUUUAUACACCCGCCCCUUUGAAUCGCUCUCAAUCUCCAUCCAUUCCCUUCCUUCAUCAAUCAUCACCUUCUCUCUCUCUCUCAAACAAAACAAACCCACAACAACAAUGGCGUCUCCUGGCAUGUUACCUGCAGGUCUGGUUUCGAAUCUACAAGACGUUCUCAAGAAGAAAGGUGGGAACAACAAUGCACCCGAAAAAGACGAUGACAACAAAAAAGAUGAUGAUCAAUCUUCUUCUUCUUCUUCUACUGCUGUUGAAGAAUAUGAUCCUUCGAAGCCUGUGAUCUUUGUUACGAAUACGGAGGGGCUUGAUUCACCUGGCCUCAUCUCUCUUGUUGAAGCUCUUGUUGAUGAGGCUCUUUAUAAUAUCAGUGUUUGUGCCCCUCAGUUGGAUAAAUCGUUUUCUGGCCACUCGUAUACGUACCAAGAAUCGAUUUCGGUAAGCUCUGCUGAACUCAAAGGUGCCACUGCAUAUGAGGUUUCUGGUACCCCUGUGGAUUGUGUUUCGUUAGCGUUAUCUGGGGCAUUGUUUGCAUGGUCAAAGCCUUUGUUGGUAAUCGUUGGAGUUAACAAGGGUCCAAGCUGUGGCAAUGAUAUGUUUUCUUCGAGUGCUGUAGCUGGAGCUAGACAAGCCUUAAUUAGCGGAGUACCGUCGUUAGCAAUCUCCUUGAACUGGAAAAAGGGUGAAAGUCAAGAAAGUCAUUUUAAGGAUGCAGUUUCGGUUUGCAUGCCGGUAAUAAAAGCAGCCAUAAGAGAUGUAGAAAAAGGCAUUUUCCCUAAAACUUCUUCAUUACAUAUAACCGUUCCUGCAUCCCCUACAGAGAACAAGGGAUUCAAGUUGACCAAACAGAGUUCAUGUCGUUCGAAACCAAUUUGGCAAGCGAUUGCAGCCAACAGGAACCCUUCGGCUGCACGUUACGGCAAUCAACCAGGCAUGGGCUUGCAAUUUGCACAGCUAGGUCGAGAUGCAUCUGCAGCAGCUGCAGCACGGCGAAACUCACAGAAUAAAAGCAUAGAGGUUGUUGAAUCAGUCGGGGUCUCCGGGAAAGUUGACCCUAAUAGGAAAGUCAAAUACUUCAGAUUAGAGUUUCAAGACAGCAACCAAGAAGACACAGAUGAGAAUCUUGAUUUCCGAGCCCUUGAAAACGGUUUUAUCUCUGUUACUCCAAUCUCUGUUUCUCAAGUGAUCGAGCCGGACGUUGAAAAGGCUGCAUACGAUUGGAUUUCUGAUUCAAUUCACGACUGAAAUGCAGUAAUCGCGUGUGUAUAUUUGGAGAUGCAAAUUGGUAUUUCAGCUUUUAGUAAUUAUUUGAAGGACUUGACAUUGUUUCUGAUUUAAUCAAAUUUUAUUUAAUUUAUUUUGGGUGAAAAAAAAUCCUUCCCCACAAGCCUGUGUGACAUGGUGUAAAAGACCUUUUUGGCCUUUUGAGUUUUGAUAUAUAAUGGCUGACAAAGUGGUCACAAGUUUGUUUCCCUUUAAA